GGGGCUGGAGUGGCCGCCGCCGAGCCAGGCUGCCCCGAGGGAGCGCCGGGGCGCAGAAGGGUCACCGUGCCGCCGGGGGCGCGCUGAGCAGACAGCACCCCUCGGCGCCCUGAUGUCUGAGUAGAGCCCCCCUCCAGGCCCCUGCUCCCUUGCCCAGGGGGCAGUCAAGGGCUGAGAGAUGAAGUGGGCAGGCUGGCCCCGGUUGUGUCUGCUGCUGCUUCUGGCUCUUCCCCAGCCCUGCCUGGAUCAGGAGGUGCCGUCUGGACAUUCAGCACAAAUGCCCCCAGAUGAGGCCCAGGGACCCGAGGGGUCAUGGGGUCCUUGGAACCACUGGUCCUCUUGUUCCCAGCCCUGCGGAGCUGGGGUGCAGCGCAGGAGCCGCACGUGCCAGCUCCGCCAGGACCUGCCCCUCCCUCCCCGGCCCCCGCGGCACCCCGAAGCCCUCCUGUCCCGGGCUGGCCAGGGUCCCAGACCCCAGGUCUCUGGAGAAACCCACCCUCUAUACAGGCCUCCACCUCGGGGAAGAGGCAGCCCCCUUCGAGGCCCUGCCGCCCAGCUGGGCAGAGAGGAGACCCAGGAGAUGGCAGGGGCCAGGAGAUCUCGGGUCCGAGAGCCCAUCAAGCCUGGAAUGUUCGGCUACGGGAGGGUGCCAUUUGCCUUGCCGCUGCAUCGCCACCGCAGACACCCCCAGCGGCCACCCCGGGCUGCUGCUUCUGUGGUGCCAGGGGCACCCCUGCCAUCGGCCCUGUCUCCUCAUGCUGAGCUACCCCCCACAGUCCCACCCACAGAGCUGCCAGCCCGCACCUCUGCCCUCCUAGCAAACACUGAGGGGUCCAGGGCCAGGGCUGCCCCCCGCACACAGUCCCUCUCAUCCACCCUCUUGGGGCAGAGGAGCCCCUCACCCCUGUCCCCCAAGCCACGGAUGCCGAAUAUCCAGGGCUGGGCCCAUCCCCGGGGAACAGGAAGACACCCGGAGUCUUUCCCUCGGGGCAGCCUGCAAGGGUCUCCCAUGGAGCCAGGCACCUGGCUGCCCCUGCUGAGUGACAGCCCUCCGGACAGCCCCCUCUGGAGCCUCUUUGCCCCCAGCAGCCCCAUCCCGUGGUGCUCUGGGGAGAUGGAGCAGCUGAGAGCCUGCAGCCAGGCGCCCUGCCCCCCGGAACAGCCAGAUCCCCGGGCCCUGCAGUGCGCAGCUUUCAACUCCCAGGAAUUCAUGGGCCAGCUGUAUGAGUGGGAGCCCUUCACCCAAGUUCAGGGCUCCCAGCGCUGUGAGCUGAACUGCCGUCCCCGUGGCUUCCGCUUCUAUGUCCGUCACACGGAGAAGGUCCAGGAUGGGACCCUGUGUCAGCCGGGAGCCCCAGACAUCUGUGUGGCUGGGCGCUGUCUGAGCCCCGGCUGUGAUGGGAUCCUUGGCUCUGGCAGGCGUCCAGAUGGCUGUGGGGUGUGCGGGGGAGACGAUUCCACCUGUCGUUUCGUUUCGGGGAACCUCACCGAGCGAGGCGGUCCCCUGGGCUACCAGAAGAUCCUGUGGAUUCCCGCGGGGGCUUUCCGUCUCCACAUUGCUCAACUCCGGCCAAGCGCAAACUACCUUGCACUCCGGGGCCCGGGCGGCCGCUCCAUCAUCAACGGGAACUGGGCCGUGGACCCCCCUGGCUCCUACCCAGCUGGGGGGACCAUCUUUCACUAUAGCCGCCCCCCACGGGAGGAGGGCAAGGGCGAGAGUCUGUGGGCUGCGGGCCCCACCACAGAGCCUGUGGAUGUCUACAUGAUCUUCCAGGAGGAAAACCCAGGCGUGGCUUACCAGUAUGUCAUCGCAUCACCCCCUCCCACCACUGAGAGCCCCACCUCAGAGCCUGCCAGUCACCAGCUCUGGGCUGAGAUGCCCAGGCGGGAGCCUCCAGCUGCUGUGGCACCCCGUGUGGCCCGGAUGCCGGGCACCCUGCAGCGGCAGGUGCGGAUUCCCCAGGUGUCUGGGCCACCACAGCACCGGACGUCUGGGGGGUCUUCAGCCGGGUACUGGAAGCGAGUGGGCUACUCAGAGUGUUCUGCAUCCUGUGGGAAAGGUAGCUGGCGCCCCAUUUUCCUCUGCAUCUCUCGUGAGUCAGGAGAGGCCUUAGAGGAGCACAGCUGUGGUGUGGGGGCCAAGCCCCUGGCCUCCCUGGAAUCUUGCCACGGGCCCCCGUGCCCUCCAUACUGGGAGGCUGGCGAGUGGACGUCCUGCAGCCGCUCCUGUGGCCCAGGCACCCAGCACCGCCAGCUGCACUGCCGCCAGGAGUUUGGAGGGGGUGGCUCCUCUGUGUCCCCCGAGCGCUGCGGCCACCUUCCCCGGCCCAACACCACCCAGCCUUGUCAGCUGCGCCUCUGUGGCCACUGGGAGGUCAGCUCCCCCUGGAGCCAGUGCUCAGUGAGAUGUGGGCGAGGCCAUAGAAGCCGGCAGGUCCGCUGUGUUGGAAGCAACGGUGAUGCAGUGAGCGAGCGGGAGUGUGCCUCAGGGUCCCCCAAGCCGCCCAGCAGAGAGGCCUGUGACAUGGGGCCCUGUACCACAGCCUGGUUCCACAGCGACUGGAGCUCCAAGUGCUCCGCUGAGUGCGGGACGGGGAUCCAGCGGCGCUCCGUGGUCUGCCUGGGCAGCGGGGACACCCUCAGGGCUGGUCAAGAAGAAGCAGGAGCCCAGAACAGUGGGCAGAGCUGUCCGGGCAGUCGUCCUGCUGACAUGCGUGCCUGCAGCAUGGGGCCCUGUGAGAGGGUGCAGCGCUGGUACACGGGGCCCUGGACCGAGUGCUCCUCGGAGUGUGGCUCGGGCACGCAGCAUCGGAAUGUCAUCUGUGUAUCCAAACUGGGCACUGAGUUCAACGUGACUUCUCCUGGCGACUGCUCGCACCUGCCAAAGCCCCCCACCCUGCAACCCUGCCAGGGACAGGCCUGCCAGGAUCGAUGGUUUUCUACACCCUGGGGCCCGUGUUCUCGUUCCUGCCAGGGGGGCACGCAGACAAGGGAGGUCCAGUGCCUAAGCGCCAAUCAAACCCUCAGCACCCGAUGUCCUCCUCACCUGCGACCCUCCAGGAAACGACCUUGCAACAGCCAGCCCUGCAACCAACGCCCCGAUGAUCAGUGUAAGGACAGCUCUCCACACUGCCCCCUGGUGGUGCAGGCCCGGCUCUGCGUCUAUCCGUAUUACACAGCCACCUGCUGCCGUUCUUGCGCCCAUCUCCUGGAGCGGCCCCCGCUGGAGCCUGCCUGAAAAGGGUCUGGGAGGCCCCUGUCCUCCUGGUUUUCUCGUGCCACCCACUCUGUAACGCCCUGGCUCUCCGACCUGCCCACGUCUCACCAGAGAUGUCCUCCAGGGACAAGGACGGUCAAAACCCAGGCUUGGGUGUGUGUGGUGUUGUGAUGGCGGGUGUGCGUGUCUGCCUUGGCAUGUUUCUGGGCUUUGUGUGGAUGUGUGCGCUCAUAUGUAUGUAUCACUUCUCAAAGCCUAGUGGCGCAGAUCACGAAGGCGCCAUCUCCUGAGACCUAGCUAGGCCGAGCGGAAAGCAAGCUUGCAGUUCUUUCUCAGUCAGCUCCCCCUCUGCUCCAGCCUGGUGCCCUAAACUUCACUUCUGUUCAGACCACACCUCUUCCCAGCCACCCUCUGACUCUCCUCUCUGUUGCCUCCCUAAAAAGUUAGGAGUGAGGGGAGGAGGGGGCGGUUGGGGGUAGUCACUGCCUUUCCUGCCUUAUCACAAGAGGAAGGACUGCCUGCCUGGAGCAGGAGCAGCUCCACAGAAGGUGGAAAAGAGAAAUGCUAGCAUGACACUCGCGCCCCUGCCCCCACUCCC